AGCCCGCUCGACCUUGGUAUCGGUGGUUGGAACACGUGGUGGCAAACAACCAGAAUUUCUCAGUCCAUCAUGUGAAGGCUCAUACUCAGGAGCUUGAUGUCGCUUCGAGGUUGAACAAUGCUGCUGAUCGCUUGGCAGCUCAAGCUCAUUUUGACCCGUUGCAGUUGCUCCUCUACCUUCGUUUUUGAUGGAUGACUUUGUGGUGUGGCAUCCACAUCGCGGCUAUGUUGAUUCAAACCUGCUCUCCUAUUUCACAUCUCGGUUUGUGUCAAUGUCUCACCAUGCUUUAUCUGUGACACCCGAGUUUUGCCUGCCCAAUCCCAACUUCCCAUCAUGCGCAUCAUUCCCAUAUGUGAGAUCCAAUGCUGGCUACUCUGCUGCCGUCCAGUUGUACCUUCGAUCUGGUCAGUUACACUCUAAUUCUUUGAUGUUUUUCAGGGGACUGAGUCGAAGUGGGCGGUGUCGGAAUGGUUGCAAUCUCCGCAUCAUUUGUUCUGUGUUUGCCCUAUUUUCAAGGCUUAUCGAGUGUCCACUUUGGUUGACAUCACGCGUUUGUCACAAGAGGUUUUGGAGGACAUCUCUUAAUUUGUUCGUUGUAGGGUGUGUCACGCAAUUCCUUCACUCCUAUCUGAUGACUCCGCUUUAUCCUGGCCGCAUGGAAGGAAUAGUUGGUUUUUGGGCCAUACACCGUUAUUAAAGCAGGAUUUCCCUUCACUUCCAGAUAGGGCGGCGGUUGCCUUGUCUCAUAUCUGGCACGCUGCAUUUAUUCAUUUGGCAGGUCGUAUUUGGGGUCAUGUUCAGAGGUCAGCUGGUGGUGUUCAUCGGCGAGUUUGAUCAUCGAGUGAUUUCUUGGUGUUUUGGUUAGCUGGGCGUUUAGGGGGUCAUGUUCA